AUGGCUACCGCUGACAACAAGUUUGAAGAAUGCUCCGCGACAAUUGACCGCGUGGCCGUGCGUCUACCCCCCUUUUGGCCGGAAGACCCCGAUAUUUGGUUUGCCCAGGUUGAAGCACAGUUUGAGACAUCAGGUACGAAAAUCGAUUCUACUAAAUUUUAUACCGUCGUGCAACAGCUAGACCAGAGGAUAGCCCGUGAAGUUAGGGAUGUAAUAACCAACCCUCCCGCAACUGGGAAGUACGAUAAGCUGAAAAACGAGCUGAUUAAACGUCUCUCCACAUCUCGUGAUCACCGAAUGCGACAGCUUUUGACCCACGAGGAGUUAGGCGACCGAAAGCCAACGCAAUUUUUGCGUCACUUACGUUCGUUAGCCGGUGACCAGGUGAACGACGAUUUUUUAAGAAGCCUAUGGGCUAGCCGCCUACCAACGCAUAUUCAGGCAAUUAUAGCGUCUCAAACAGGUCUAAGAUUAGAUGAAGUUGCUGAAUUAGCAGAUAAAAUAAUCGAAGUAACGCCAUUUUCUAAUCAAGUUUCUAGUGCUUCUACUCCAGGUUUCGAUGAGCUCUUCAAGAAGAUGGAAGAUUUCAUUUCUACCCGCAUUCGGACGGAGCUCAACCAUCAGGUGGCGCAAAUGAACUUAGGGCGUGGUCGCGUCAACUACCCACAUAGACAAUCCGGAAGUCGACGCAGUGGUUCCAGGCAUCGGCGACGAUCAGCAAGCAGAAACCGAGAUCCAGGUAUUUGUUGGUAUCAUUCGAGAUUUGGCGAGGGGGCAAAUAAGUGUACAAGGCCUUGCAAAUUUGCCUCGGAAAACUGCCGCGACAGUCAGUAA